ACAUAGAAGAUUCCCAGAAAAUCUCAACUUCUCAAGACCCAAAAAUGAAAAAAGUCAAGAAACCAAGCAGAACGGACAGGCACAGCAAGAUCAAAACGGCCAAAGGGACACGAGAUCGUAGAAUGAGACUCUCGCUAGAUGUCGCCAAAGAGUUGUUUGGCUUACAAGACAUGCUUGGAUUCGACAAAGCCAGCAAAACCGUUGAAUGGUUGCUCACACAAGCGAAACCCGAGAUCACAAAGAUCGCCAAAACCCUUUCUUACCAGUGCAGCUUCAGCAGCGGCGACGAGUCUCAUACCCGACCGGAGUUAGGAUCCAUGGACACAUCGUCUGAUCUAUGUGAACUUGCAUCCAUGUGGACGGUCGACGAUAGAGGCAGCAAUACUAACACGACCGAAACAAGAGGAAACAAGGUCGACGGGAGAUCGAUGAGAGGGAAGAGAAAGAGGCCAGAACCGCGAACGCCCAUUUUGAAGAAGUUGUCCAAGGACGAGAGAGCGAAAGCAAGAGAAAGAGCAAAGGAUAGAACAAUGGAGAAAAUGAUGAUGAAGAUGAAAGGAAGAUCACAAUUAGUAAAAGUUGUGGAAGAAGAAGCUCAUCAUCAUGGUGAGAUCAUGAAGAAUACUAUUAGCGAAGUGAAUCGGAAUUCUUUUGAGAUGUCACGCUGCGAAGACGAGAUCGAAAAACUUUGCAAGAACGAUCAUCGUUUUGCAGUUUGCAACGAAUUUGUCAUGAAUAAGAAUGAUCACAUUUCAAACGAAUCUUAUGACAUAGUCAACUACAAAUUGAACUCAUCAUUUCCAGUGAUUAAUCACCACCGCAGCAAAGGAGCAGCUAAUUCCAUUGAGCAGCAUCAGUUUACGGAUCUUCAUAACUCCUUGGUGGCGAAAUCAGACCUCAUGUACAACUAUCAAAACAUGUAUUGAUAGUGAUUUACCAUUAAUAUCUCAAAUUAACAAUAGUUUGGUUAGAGAUGUAUAUUAAUUAAUCUUAUGUUUAUAUGAAGGACUUUCUUCAUUUUAGUGUCAAAUAUUAAACCUAUGUGGAGAAAUUAUAAAAUUUGUAUGAUAUU